UGCGAGCUGAUGCACUGACUUUCUAUUAACUGUACACACACACACACACAUCUGUACUAUCUUCAGUUUCUCUUCGUCUGGAUCGGUUCAGGAUGACACAUCUCCUCAACGCCUGCCUCAUCUUGCCUGUUGCUUUACAUCUGCUGUUUUUCUCCAGUCCGUGUUCUGCUGCAGCCACCAGGAAGUGCAGCUCCAUCUAUAAAGGGUUCGCCCAGUGUCUGCUUGCUUUGGGGGACAGUCUCACUGUCAGCGCUCAAAGAGACGGGGACACGCAGGAGAUUGACUCCAUUUGCAAGUCCUGGGACGAUUUUCAUGACUGUGCAAAUGUGGCCAUGGCCGGCUGCCCUGAAGAAGCUGCUGUAGUGUGGGUGUCGCUGAGACAAGAGUCCAAAAAGAUGCAGUUUUCUGGAAACCUAUAUGAGAUGUGCUCUAGUCGUAGCCAAUCCGCCUCUGAUUCCCAAAGCCCGGAUGAGACCAAUCAGGAGUCGCUAAAGGGACGCGCUAGCCAUAGUUUGCCCCAUUUCAACCUUUUGACCCUCUUUUGUUUAUCUAUACUACUGUUUCCAUGGAUAUAAUUACAUGUUUCUGCUUUCUCAACAAUACUCACCUCAAUGUUCAUAUGUCCAGGACAUUGAAAAACGUGACUUACAUAUCUCAUGAAUAAUGAUGUUUUUGGUUGCAAGUCAGACUCUUCUGAACAAAAGGAAAGUCAUUUCACGCAGGGGACGCUUGGCAGAUGUAUUCAGAAGUUUUUAGGUGCGCAAUAUUACCCCGUUGUUUAAGUUUGACAGUUCUGUUUAAAACCACACAUUCAUUUGAAGGCACAAUUUAAAUCUCAAAAAUAAAAAAGGACCAGAAAAAAUACAGCAAGACAUUUACAAACAUUUGAACACCCUCAUCUGAGCACUCAAAAAAUAAAUGUAAAUGUAAAGAGCACUCAACAAAUUUCAUUAUUUCACUCUGUGCUGUAAUCUUCUUUUAUAGACCCAUGAGAGGAUUACGUUUAAGGAUUACUACAAAUAAAAGUAAAUCUAAGCAAACGAACUCACCUACAGGCCGUGCUUGAGAAAAGGCUCAUCAGAGGUGUGUCUGAAUGCCUUCCGGUGACGGUUUAAACCUUAAUGACGGGUUCAUUGAUUUAGUUUAACAAACAGCACAGUAUUGUGCUCCAAGGUGUUUUGGUACUUAUCUGAAUCAGCAUGGAACUGGUGUUCAUUUGAUGUUGCUCAGAGUACAAUGUCUAUAAUUUUGCACAUAUACAUUCCUAAUUGCUCCUUUUUUUUCAUAAAAUAUGUAUUUGUAACAACACACGUUUACAAACAAAUUUUCUAGCUUCAAAUCACUAAAUGACGCUAAUAUACUGUAAAUAUGACCGAAACGCUGUAAAGAAUAGCUUAUUUCAUAGAUCUAAAUGAGUAUAUUAUAUAAACCAGAUUUAUUGUCAUUUAUGUGCAAUUCAAUGAGGGUUAACAGCAUGAACUCAUUACCAUCUAAUGAGAGCAAACUGAAUGACUGAUGUCAUAAUAUGAGCGCACGUCGCGUUUCUACACACUUUUACGUGUAAAGUAAACAUGCUGGUACAGAAGUUUUUCCCUAGAUCAGCUUUCGUUAUCUACACGCUCAACGCCGGCUCUGCUCGGCUCAGCGGAUUCUCAAGUCAAUGUGAUUUAUGUUUCAUUUUUAGAUUUAAUUGGCAAUCAAUCAUGUUUACCAAUGCAGUAAACUUAUUAAGGAGGGCAAAAGCCAUUUAUUUAGUCAAAGAAGGAAAAGAACUUUAAUUAGGGGGAAUUACCACGUUAUUACUGUACGUCUCAAAAUUCCUUUUUAUUUGGUAAUAAGAAAUUGUUUCUAUAUUUACGAAAGUGUUUCAGACAGCUGUUGCUGAUGAAUCAAAGGCAGUCUCGCAAUGUUCUGACGUGUUUUUAUUUGCUAAAAGUCGCACUAAUCUGUUGUCAAAGCCAGUGAAUGUAGAAGAAUCUUAUAAAAAUGUCAAAGUCUAAAUAACAUAAGGGCUAAUGUGUACAGAUUUAAGUGUAUGUCAAUCCUUGCUAAAUAGUGCUUAUUAUGUAAUGCCUUCCUUAUCUGACACACUUUAAUAAUAUAUGAACACAGUUAUAAUUUGCUUGAUAGGUGCAUUAUAUGAACCGCAUGUAUAAAAUGUUUUUUUGUCAAAAAGAUUUUCCCAUAUAUUUGCUUAUUUUCAUGCUGUAACUAGAACCAGUCACCAUAAAGUCACCAGACAAAAAUAUGAAGUCACUUAAUUUCUCAAUGUCUUUAUCUUGUUGACUGUAGUUUUAUUCUUUGCUUUAAAUGCCUUUUGUUUCCAAACAUUUUAGUCUCAUCAUGAAACUGACUACAAAACUAUUUGCUAAAAUCGAUAUAACAUAUUAUAAAUAAAAGGUGGUGGUCAAUA